AGAGCCAAGCUGAGUCUUCUUCACUCCGGCAGAUCUUCAGGAUUUUUAUUUUUUUUUUGAGUCUCACUGCGGAAUCAUGUCUUCUCUACUUUGGAAGUAAGAGACGGCUUUAACUCGGUAAAUUACUCGGGCAGAUUCACCUCAGAGACAAUCGAACUGCCGCAGAAUGAGGGCUCUGUGUUUGAACUUUGCCAUCACCUGUCUGUGUCUUCUUCCCUCAUCGGUUCAAGAAACAUCCAAGCCGUUGGACUUUCAGAGCCACCAGUGGAGGGAGGAGGACGGAGGAAGAGAAGAUGUUGGGGGAGCAGCAAUGAAGGUCAAACACAUCUCUAAAGACUUACAAAUCAUCUCCACCAAACACAAAACCCCUGCUUACGGGUCCCUCGGCCCGUACGGUUGGCCUCAGAACGUCUCACAAGCUCUGGAUCAGUAUCUGUACCGUCCUCCGCCCAAGUCCAAACCUCCCGCCAAAACGUCCCCGAAGGCUAAGAAGAUCCUGGGCUGGGGCGAUUUCUACUUCAACGUGAAGACACUGAAGUUCAGCCUCCUGGUGACGGGGAAAAUCGUGGACCACAUCAACGGGACGUUCAGCGUCUACUUCCGCCACAACUCGUCCCGGCUGGGGAACAUCUCCGUCAGCAUCGUCCCGCCCUCCAAAGCUAUAGGAUGGGAGGUUCUGGAUCCCGCAGGUCAGAACGCUCACACCAAAAACUUGGUCCUGCUUCCAGAUCUGGCGCCCCAGUUCCCCCCUCAGUCCACCAGCUCCACUCCUACCGAGCAGCAGAAGCAUCAGGUGGACAUGAUGACGGUGACCGAGCUCAACUGCCGGAUCGAGUACCAGAGAACCAACCGGUCCAAGAAGACCAAGCCCUGCAUGUACGACCCGGGACAGACCUGCUACUCAGAAAACACCCAGUCCCAGGCCGCCUGGAUCUGUGCCAAACCCUUUAAGGUCAUAUGCAUCUUCAUCGCCUUCACCGGGACGGACUACAGGCUGGUGCAGAAAGUUUGUCCGGACCACAACUUUCAGACGGAGCAGAACCAGCAGCACUUUGGAUGAUGAAGAUGCUGAGAAACCAAACACUGACUUUUCAUACAUCCUUCAAAAUCAUGCAUUUAGUCUUUAAAACGGCUUCAAGAUUGACUGUUUUUACAUACUUUAAACAUAAAAAAAGCAUUUUCACCUCAUCAGUGAGUGCAGUUUAAGCCAAAGCCUGUGCUAUUAGCAUAACUUGAUAAGGAUGACGUUUAAAAUGGGAGCUUUGUGCCGUCUGGAGCUUAAUUCAUCAACCAAUACGUGAUGCAUUGUCUUUAAAAAAUGCCUUCCUUUGUACUGUCAGCUUUUGUUCUCUCAGUGUGCAGUAGGAAUCAUCCAGAAUGUGAUAAUUUCAUAACUCAGUAAUGAAACAAAAUGCUGUACAUAUAUAUAAAUAUGUUUAGGGAUGGAACUAUUUGUG